AUGGCCACCUCCAUCGCGACGAAGCGUCCGUUCCUCACGCUGCCAUUCCUUCUCCCUUCACUGUCCGACUCGCUGGCGCUCGGAUUCCGUCGAAACCAAUCUUCAUACCGCCGAACCAAGCAGCGGCUACGUGUCAAGCCAGAUACCUCUUUUGGCUCCUCUCACCAGGGGCAUGAUCACAUUAUCCACAACCCGCCAUCCAGUGCCCCCAAUGUUUACCACACCCCAUCGAAGUUCCUGCCUGCCGAUGAUGUCCGCCGAUCUUCCAGCCUCUCGACCACUACCACCAUCAAUGCCGAAGACCUUCCCGGUGUGUACAAGUCCGUACCCGAACGCAAAUAUCACCUCGCGCCUUCAGACAUUGAAGAAAUCCGAAACCUCCGCUUGACGGAUCCCAUGACUUGGAGCCGCAACAAGCUCGCCAAGCGCUUCGAAUGUUCUCCUGUCUUCAUUGCCAUGGUCUGCCAGGCGAGCAAGGAGAAGCGAGAGAUCCAGGCCCGCAUUCUGGAAGCGGUGCAGUCGCGAUGGGGCCCUAAGCGACGUAUGGCCAGAGAAGACCGCCAAUUGCGGAAGGAAGCCUGGGGACAGGACGCAUAG